AUGGAUUCCACAGAAUCAGCUCCGCGAAGGAGGCGUUUUCUGAAACCGCCGUUUCGCAUUGGGAUAAGAGCACAGCUGACCGCACUGGUCAGUAUAGUGGCGUGCUUGUCGCUGAUUAUCUUAGCAGUCACAACUGGUGUCUAUUUCACCUCAAAUUACAAGAAUCUAAGAUCUGAUAGACUAUAUAUAGCAGCGCAGUUGAAGUCCUCUCAACUGGAUCAAAAUUUGAAUUAUCUCUAUUAUCAGUGCUACUGGCUAGCCUCUAGAGAUACUUUGCAAAACGCGCUCGCGAGCUAUGUCGCAGGUAAUAAGACUGAAGAGAACUGGGAAGAAUCUACUAAUGUGAUACAGAAGUUUUUGAGUUCAUCAAACUUAUUCUUCUUGAGUCGUGUCUAUGACUAUGAUUUCAAACCUGUCCUGAACACAACCAAUAACGGUACAGGUGAUGAAGUACCUGAGUCGAUUCAGAAUCAGUUAUUUCCACUUUCAACCGAUGUACCAUUGCCAUCCUCUCUUAUGACAAAUGGUAUGCUAACAGAUCCGGUGUUAAAUGGCACCGAUUACUUAAUGUCAAUGUCACUGCCGAUCUUUGCAAACCCUUCUAUUAUAUUCUCAGAUUUAAAGGUAUAUGGGUAUAUCACUGUUGUUAUGUCAGCAGAAGGUCUCCGAUCAGUUUUCAAUGAUACAACUGCAUUAGAGAAGUCUAAUGUCGCUAUCGUCUCUGCACGAUACUCUAAUUACACAAAGAUCGAUUCCUAUAGAUUCGUGUUUCCCCCUUAUGGUGUAAGUCCCAGUAUAUUAAAUCGAACGUUCGAGCUGGAUGACAGUUCCUUCUUAAACGGUGCUUUCAAGCAAGCGAAAGGUGGAUCCAUCAAGAAAACUAAAUUUUUCUAUACAAAAGACGUUGCAAUCGGCUACUAUCCUUGCUCUUUUAACUUUGUUAAUUGGGUAGCUGUUGUUUCCCAAGCCGAAUCUGUCUUUUUAUCUCCUUCAACUAAGCUGACCAAAAUCAUAAGUGGUACAGUAGUUGGUAUUGCUGUAUUUGUCUCAUUAUUGACAUUCCCAUUGGCUAGCUGGGCAGUGAAACCAAUUGUGCGGUUGCAAAAGGCUACAGAGUUGAUUGCCGAAGGCAGAGGCCUGCGACCGGCAGGUGCUGGUAGUGGUAGCAGAUCAGGCAGUCGCACAAGCUCGAUGAAGAAGGAUAUUAAUGAUCUCAAUUUUAUUAGUCGACUGUCUUUAAGUGAAAAGAAUCAUCGACCGGCUUAUGAUUCUGCUAGCGACAGCAAUUAUGCCACAGACGGUUCUCUUUCUCAUGAUUUACAAACUUCACAGGCCUCUAAUAGACCCAGUGAUAACGACCGAUCUUCAAGUAGAUCAAGGUUUUUAACUACUUCUACAAAUCUUAAUGAAGCUAGGCUACCUGAUUACAGAAGGCUAUUUUCAGAUGAGUUAUCUGAUUUGACCAAUACUUUCAAUGCAAUGACAGAUGCUCUCGACCAACACUACGCCCUAUUAGAGGAUAGAGUGAGAGCAAGAACAAAACAGUUAGAAGCUGCUAAAAUUCAAGCCGAAGCCGCAAAUGAAGCUAAAACUGUUUUCAUUGCCAAUAUAUCUCAUGAGUUAAGAACACCACUAAAUGGUAUUUUAGGUAUGACUGCGAUUUCUAUGGAAGAGACAGAUAUUGCAAAGAUUAGAAAUAGUUUGAAAUUAAUUUUCAGAUCAGGUGAACUACUGUUGCAUAUUCUUACCGAACUUCUUACAUUUUCCAAGAAUGUCCUGAAGAGAACUGCACUAGAGAAGCGUAACUUCUGUAUAACAGAUGUUGCUCUCCAGAUUAAAUCUAUUUUUGGUAAAGUAGCGAAAGAUCAACAUGUCAGAUUGUCUAUUUCAUUAACACCAAAUGUUAUAAGAACCAUGGUAUUAUGGGGUGACUCAAAUAGAAUUAUUCAAAUUGUUAUGAAUUUGGUGUCAAAUGCCUUAAAAUUCACUCCUGUUGACGGCAAAGUAAAUGUUAGAAUAAAGUUAUUAGGUGAGUAUGACGAGGAAGCAACUAAAGCCGACAAUUUUAAACAAAUACAUACCAUAGCAGACUCGGAUGCCCAUCAACAACAUCCUGUUAGUUCGUCACCAAACGGAGUCUUGGUAAAGCAUUUGUCUACUAGUUCCGACUCUAACUCCAACUUGAGUGACAGCGAUAAGUACAAUGAGAAAACCUAUGACGAAGAUGACGAUGAACAUAGCAUUACUAACAUCUCAGACCAUUCAGACGAUCUGUCAUCACUAGUUUCAUCAAGCACAAGCUCUUAUGAUAAUGCAUUGUUCAAUACUCAAUUCAAGAAAACUCCUGAUCUGUACGAAGACAGUAAUGAUGGUUUAGGAACUGAACUGGCUGAUCAGAAAACUUGGGUUUUUGCUAUUGAGGUUGAGGAUACAGGUCCAGGUAUUGAUCCUAAAUUACAUGAGUCUGUGUUCGAACCUUUUGUUCAAGGUGACCAAACUUUGUCCAGACAAUAUGGUGGUACAGGUUUAGGGUUAUCGAUCUGUAGGCAAUUGGCAACAAUGAUGCACGGCACCAUGAAGCUGGAGUCUAAAGUAGGAGUAGGAAGUAAGUUUACAUUUACUGUACCUUUGAAGCAGACAAGAGUUAUAAAGUUUGAUGAAGAAGAAGAUCUAUUUGAAGAUGAGUUCAAUCCUGAAAGUAAGAAAAAUAGAAGAGUUAAGUUUAAAGACUCUACACGUAGUUUGCACAGUCGUAGAUCUAGAACUAGUGUGGACAGAAUAACAAACCACUCUGGAGAUAAACAGAGUAGUGAAGGACAUUCAACUUCAUUCAAGAUUAGUGAGGUUAAAGAUGAAGAUAUUGAACAAUCACCAGAGCCUGACAACUUACCUAAGGUUGGUGACGAAAACGAUUCUAAAGCAAGCUCUUCCUCUUCUAAGUCUGACAAUAUAAAGGAGAAAGAAGAAAAAGUUCAUUUGGAUAGACCAUUCCUGCAAAGUACUGGUACAGCAACAUCAAGCAGAAACGUCCCUACAAUGGCAGAUGUGACUAUGCGCUUCAAAAUUUUAGUUGCGGAAGAUAACCAUGUCAAUCAAGAGGUCAUUAAGCGUAUGCUAAACCUAGAAGGAAUUAAUAAUAUUGAUUUAGCAUGUGAUGGUCAAGAUGCAUUCGAUAAAGUCCAAAGCUUAGUCGAGCAGAAUGACAGUUACGAUAUGAUCUUCAUGGAUAUUCAGAUGCCAAAAGUUGAUGGUUUAUUAUCUACUAAGAUGAUUCGCAGAGAUUUAAACUACAAAGGUUCGAUUGUUGCUUUAACUGCAUUUGCCGAUGACAGCAAUAUCAAAGAGUGCAUAGAGGCAGGGAUGAACGGGUUUCUAUCAAAGCCUAUUAAGAGACCUAAAUUAAAGAUGAUCUUGGAGGAGUAUUGUCCAAAUUGGAUAGAAAUGAAGAAAAGCAAAGAAAACAAAGACGGGGACAAAAAAGUUGAAGAAAAUAAACCCAAAAAAGAAUGA